AUGGAAAAGAAAGGUGCUAUUAAAAUUCCUGCGGGUAAGAAUGCUGAGAAAAUUGCUGACGAAAUUAAGAAUACUGCCCAGGAUCCUGCUGAUACUAAUUAUUAUCAAGUCAUUGAUCGUAAAACUAAAAUCACUUACUUUUUUAAACUCGAUACACUUCAGGCUAAGCAGCUUACUACUGGUACUCCUAUAACUGCUCCUGUUACUAUUGGAUAUGGUCAUAUAUUUGCUGAAGGAUUCUCUGGUACUGAAGCUAAACCAUCUAUGAUUUCAACAUUAUUGAUUGUACUAGUUGAAGUUAUUACUUAUCAUGAUGGUGCUGUUUCUUAUCCUGGCAAUCUUAAACCUGAGAAUCUUAGUGCUAUUAAUAUCACCAAAAUCACCAUAACUGACAAUAAGGGUACUAAAACUAUUUAUAAUAGGGUUGAGGAGGGUGAUACUCCUAGUAUUACUAUUAAAACCGAUGGUGGUGAGGCUGAUGGCAAGCCUGCUAAUUUUAAGCAGGCUGAGGGUACUCCUACUGGUAAGGGUACUAAGAAUACUAUUACUCUUACAACUACUGAUAGAAAGACUAUUAGUAUUACUGGUACAACUACUCCUGCCACUGUUCCUUUUGGUCACAUACUCACUGAAACUCUUGAUACCAAUGCGGUUCGCUGGGAAAUUGUUUCUCCUACACUCAUGGUAAUUGUUGGUAUAAUGAAAAGCCAAAGGAUUUAUGAUCCCUAUGUCUGGAUGGGUAACUGGGGAGGCAGUCACAAAGAAGUUACCGCAGAUGGCGAUAUAACACUUACCAGCAACACCAAUGGAAGCUAUUCUAAUUCUGGUGGUACUUAUACGAUAACUCUCAAUAUCAGUAAAGCGGCAUAUAAGACUGGAACCGCCACCACUGAAGCACAAAGUCUAACUUUAGGUAGUGAUACUAAUACACUAGUCCUAACUUCCGGUGGAGAUAUCACUGGCGGCGGAACUCAUAAUCUAACUCGUGAUAGUCUCACCCUUACCCUCUCUAAAGAAGAUAGUAAUUUCACUUCUGGAACCUACAAUGUGAGUCUCAACAUCACUCAGGAUAUCACUCUCAGUGGCAGUACCUGUAGUGACUGUAAACUCAAACGAACUACUGAUACAGGUGGUAAACAUACGCCAUAUAGUCUGGGUACCUACAACAUCACUAGUAGUGGUACUACUACCUAUACAGGAGAUCCAGACCCCAAUGACAUGCACGAACAGCACAAAAAUGCUAACUGUUGUAUGUUUGGUAAUCAGAAUACUUGGUCAACUAAACCCAAGAUGUCUACAGCACUCUAUAAUAUUUUAUGUGUCAUGAAAUAUUACUUGCUGUAG